AAGUGUGUUUCAUCCUCAUAACGCUGUGGCAUUAUCGUAAAUAUGAAUGUUAUACAAUGCGAACAACGUUAUGCAAACAUUGUAUUAGAUUACAAGUAUCUCUCAAAUAAAAAGAUCACAAUGUAGAUUCUCCCGGCGUCGACUCAGCGCUACAACUACAAGUACAAGUUACAAGAUGCCUGAUGAAGACAUUCAUCGGCAGUUUAGUCGCAAGACUGGAUGGUCAUGGCCUCCACAUCCCCUCCAGAUUACUGCGUGGUGCUUCAUUGCCUACUUUGGUGUCGUGUACUUUGGAAUCAUGGUUCCCACACUUGCAGUUGAAUGGCAGCCAGCUGGUUACAUUAUUAAUGGCUUCCUCUUUGCAUCACAUAUCAUAGUCACUAUACUGAGUUGUAGCCUCAACCCAGCUGAUCCCAACUUGAGACGACGCAGCCCGAACAAGCCCAUGCCCAAGUUCGAUCGUACAAAGCACAAGCAUGUCAUCGAGAAUAACCGUUGCUACUUAUGUGAAGUAGAUGUCCACAAGGGGUCAAAACACUGUUCAGCGUGCAACAAAUGUGUCUAUAAGUUUGAUCACCAUUGCAAGUGGUUGAACAAUUGUGUUGGUGGAAGGAAUUACAGCCUGUUCAUCACGUGCGUCGCGACGGCAUUUGUCGGCGGCCUCGUCAUUCUCGCCGUGUGCCUGGUGCUCUUUAUAGGCUACUUUGUCAAUAAGUGGCGCAUCCUUCAGCCUUACAGAGAUCUUUGUGACCCUGAAGCGGCCACAGUGAUUGCGGAAACAUCUACUGCCAUAGGUGAACAAUGGAGCACAGAGUUAUCAGAAUCGUUUUCUUCCACGAGGCAGAUUACCUGCAAUAGCACUACUUGUAACUAUGUACUGAAACUGUUUGUGCCCGUCUGUGACAAGGUGUUUCUCAGCGUUUUGGCAGCCUCGGGAGUACUGUGCCUCAUUGCAUUGGCUCUCCUCGGCCAUCUUCUCACCUUUCAUAUCUACCUAAUCUACCGUGGGUGGUCAACUUAUGAUUACAUAAUGAACCAGAGAGAAGCGCAUACUGCUGGCGAUCCAAAUGAACUAGAAUAUGGGUACAGCGCAGCCAAGUCUUCCAGGGCAAAUCAGGUAGCACCUGCUGAAGUAACUGAGUGUUCAGAUCAGGAUGCGUUUAGGCGAAAAGCUGGAAAUAAUAAGCAGGUGACUAAUACAGACACUGGACAAAAUAAUAGCGAACACCAAGCUAAUGGUGCAAUUUCAGACUGCGUUGGUAUUACGAAAGUUGAGAACAGCGUGGAGAAGCCUGUGGCAGUCUCCAAUGCCAUAGAUGCCACUUCGUCCAACUGUGGCAUUGUACCAACGGCAACACUGACGACUAGUCCUAUUGAUAUUCCAAGGGCACAUCCGCCCGGAAAAGGCAGUGCUUUGGUGCCAAACAUGGUGAUUCUGCCUCCCAUGAAGUCCCCCUCCUGUGUGAUAGACGUGCAAUCACCACCGCCGGCCAGUGAUUACAACACUGAUACUGCUGAGUCACUCACGGAGCUGUCAACUCACGCAAUGAACGUGGGCUCGUGUACAGGAUCGUCACCAGUGGUGGGCAUUGGUGAGGGCGUGUUCACUACGACGUCUAGUGGACGGUACAGUGACAAAUAUAGCAUGCCCACCUACGUACCUGUGGACAUAAAUGGCAUGCCUAAUACUGUUAUACCCGUGCUGCCAUCUGCUGACGUUAAAGUGAAUGGAAAUGCUGGCAGUAAAAGUCUACUAGAAACCAGCGUCGUAUAAUUUGUUGCACGUCAAUGGCAAUGGGAAAUUUUGCCUGUGUAUGUGUUGUGCUGUUAAGAAAUAUAUGAUCUAUGCAUGGUUGGCAUGUAUAUGCAGUUUCAACCAAGUUUUGGUCAUGUGCUGCCCACGUUUAUACGGUGUAAGACGAUGCUGCAUCAUUUUGCAUGUUGCUGUCAAGAACAAAGAUGAAUUAUAGCUUUAUUUUUUUACUUCAAGCUCUAGUCAUUUAUCUGAGUUUUCUAUUCUUACUUGUUACAUCGACGGUAUGUGUUAAUGUUGUAUUCAAGUCUAUGCCACGAGAUACACUAUAGCAAACCAUAAUUGGGAUACAUCAUGGAUGGAAUCCCUUUCCAAAGUUGUGCCCCUCUAUUAUAAGUAUUUUAAGUGUAUUUUCAAAUCUCUUAAGCUUAACCAAAGGUAGUUUGUAAUUGGAUUUAAUUAAAUUCAUUGGGUUUUCCCUAUGUACUUUUAAUUGUUCCAUUUGUCAUUACUUUGCAGUGUUGAACUUGAAAUACAUGCAUGUGUUUUGUUGUGGUCUGAUACAAGGGUAUAUCGUAGCAUAGUGGCUCGUAGCAUAGAAGAGAGCUCUCAAGUACAUGCCCGACUGUUCGUUCCUUUUUGGUGGAUGAUUACCAAACAAUGAAUCAUGGAUAUUGGUGAUGCAACAAGCUGAUUGCUGCAAUUUAGUAUCAUUAUUACAUACAUGUACUAGCAGUUCCCACCUGUGAUACUCUCAAUUACAUGUAUAUUUAAAAAUUAUAAGUAAUUAUAAUUUCAUCAUUACUAUCUUGCUUUGUUUGCAGAAAAUAUGUUAGUGAGUGGGUUAAGUUUUGCAAUGCUACCUACCUACCUGCGUACACAAACUGUGUUGGAAUUUUUUUUUAAAUAUCAAUAUGGUAAGCCAACAGCUGAAGUAAACCUUCUGUAGGUUGUUUGCUUUUAACCUAUUUGCAAUUAGUACAUUGUUGUCUGGUUAUAUUUUUUGGUACCUGUUUAGUGGCGUGUAGAAGUUUCCUGUGAUAUUUUGAAGUAAGUGGUUUUUCUGUAAUAAUUCAAUGGACAAUAUACGUAAUAUAUAAUUUUAUGUUUAA